AUGAGUAAUCCUUACUCUUCUCCUCUGGAGAUUCCUCCCCUUUCCGAUUUCCCAUUGAAGCCGGAGGAUCUCGAGCAUCCACCGCCGCCAUUGCCUCUUUACGACUUUACACGUCUUCCCAAUCCACCCGAUGACUGGUCACAUUUCAAUGUCAAGUUCAAAGCUAUUGCAGAGGGUCACAGUCGUGCCUUAAGGCUUCCACAGUUACAAGUUUUGUUAAAGCAUUACUUCUGGGGGAUUCAUUAUGAGGAAUCGCACAAGACACCCACCACGACGAGAAAGAGGCCAACUCUUAGGUCUCAACAGAUGCUUCUGUUCAAGCUCAUAUACUAUAUGCAGGAACGCCAUCGUCCGAAGACUUGGAUAGAAAUGCUCAAUGUUAACCGAGAUAGUGGGCCACGACUCUUGAAAUAUGACCUUGAACCGCGCCCAAAGCCACUCAGUAGGUGGUACAAUACUGCGCCGGAUGUGAGCACACAUAUCAUGAAUGCGUAUAUACGCCCCAUGGACGCGCCGCCAGACAUGCCCGACUACCUUGUUCAACAGUAUAUGUACUCAGCUGACAGCUUGUUCACACCACCUCCACCUCCCCCACCUCCGGCGCCAACACUCGAAGUCCAGAAAGACGAAUUUCUUCGUAUCAAUCUGCUACAACACAUGAACCCAGGAGUCGAAUUCACACCAGCCUAUUCCCUGACCGAUCCCCCAGGAACGAAGCUACCAGGCCCUGCACCAGGCGAAAAACGGGGUGCAGAUGAAGAUAAGGAACCUCGUAGCAAGCGUCCGAGACAAAUUUCUCCCGGUGCCCCUGCUUACCGAGGUCGCCCUCGUUCUCCCACCCCACCAUUUCAAGAACCUGUCUUUGCUGCUGAAGACAUCACAACUUUCACCUGGAUGCCUAGUCUGGCACCUUCAUCUAAAGUGGCCCCCAUUGGGAAGCACCAACUGAGCCCCAUUGUCCCAAAACCCUCACGCCCGGUCAACACGCGAAAAAUUACAGACGCCAUAGAACGAGCUGUGAUGCAGAUUGUGUAUGCUGAUUUGGACCGCGAUCCCAGUAUUCCGUCUAUGGACAAACCUGUUCGUCUCGGGACCGCCCAGUCCUACAACGAUCUGCUCUCAAUGAAACUUGGAUCAUUCCCCACCACGGCGACUGUAAGAUUAUCGCCCUUGACUUUUGAUUGGGAUCCAAAUGGCACUACGUUCCCAGUGCGGGGCCGUGGCCCUAUCUGGAAUGCAAUGUCUUGUGCCACGGAUGCCGUUAUUGUAGCGGCAAUGCUACUCGAUGCCGGUUGUACCAAGAUAGAUCGCGCACACAAUCGGGCAGCUGAGUUCACAACUCUCGAAAAAGCAUUCAUUGAAGUGACCAUGGCGAGCUGGGAGACUUUCGAUGAUAAGACCUCUAUAUUUGUGCGUGACGAGUGGCUCCAGAUGUUUAUCGAUAGCUCAAGCGGCUUGAAGAUGGGAGAACCAAUUCCUCCUUGGGCAGUAUGGUCAGUGGCCACAAAAAGCUUCGCUCAGUUUCGCUAUCACCACGUUGAGCGAGUGACCCCUUGCCAAUGUCAGUUCGGCACUCCGUUCUAUAAUUCCCAUCAAGGGUCCUGCAUUUUGCCGGGCUAUCUGGCAGGUGAUGAAAACGGAGUAGAUCUACAUGUGCUGAUCGAGCGAUGUUUCUACUCACGCAAGUCUUUCAAAUGCGAUAAGUGUGGUGAUCCGAUGGGAGUCAUUGGGGAACGAAAGAUUGGUCAACUCCCGCUGCGUCUGGUGAUAACUUCUGAUAUCAAGACGCGAAUUCGAAAUCAUACGGAGAAUCUCAAGUUCAAUUAUAUAGACUAUGAGGACAAGCAACAGGUUGCACACUAUCGUUGGCUUGGAGGUAUCUAUAACAAUGAAUCUCAUGCUCGUUUAUUCUGGACAGAUACAAAACGAGGCGAGAAAGACGAUGGAAAUAUCAUGAUGUACGACAGCCAAAUCAAUUCCGGGGUUAUGAUCGGGGGAAUCCCAGCAUUUCAACCGGAAGAGAAAGUGCCCCCCGAAUGGUUCCACCGUAACGCUAUUCCUCUCCUUUUCUAUGAGCGCAUCAUGAAUCCUACCACCGAGCUUUUAACAAAGGCCAACAACGCGAUGCUUGAGCUGGGCAAUUGCGUGCUCGAGAACAAGAAUGUUCUCGAACAACACAUUCCCUGGAAGCGAUCAGAUCCUCCACGACAGCCGGAUCCAUGGCCUCGUAUACUUUCACACAACGGCGAACGCUUCAGUAACUUUAACCCCAGCUGGGCAAGAUCGGACUCACCCCCCAAACCAGCCGCUACACAGCCUGCCGUACCCUCUGUGCUCCAAGAUUACAUUGACCCGGCGAUUAUGGAUCCAUUAGUUAUUGAUCCAUCACUCCUUGAUCCAUCUCUUUUCUCCACCACCACACCUCCGGAAUUCGACUUGUCCUCAAUGCUAAUCUCGUCAGGGUCUGGGGACCCAUCGAACACUAAUAAAGAUGCACCCGAGGAGUACAACCAGAACCAUAUAUUUCAGUCAAUGCUGGAGAGCCCGUACUGGCUUGGUCAGCAUCCUGAGAUGUGGCCUUCAGGUUUACCUAGUGAGGAAGGGGCGUUGGAUUUCCCCGAGCUGCCCAUGUCGCCUCAAUCGCCCCAGCUGGGAAAUUCCAGGGGCACUGAAUGGUCAGAUGCUACCAUGCUAGAUGUAGAGGAGACCAUGUCUGGGCUUCGAGGUCGACAUUUUGACAGUACGCACGGUAACAAACUCAGGAGAUCCGCGAUGCAGAAUUAUGCUAUGGCAAAGCAGAUCCUAGGUCCAACGCAAAAGCAGGCCCUACAACAAAAAAAGACAUAUGAAUACAGCUCGAGGAAGAGAUAUAGUGAUGCAGAUUCGGAAGAGUCGCGAGAGGGAAACGAGGAAGUCGACCGAAAGCGAAUAGAGAGGCAAAAGCAACGGGACCAUGACCGAAAGGAGAAAGAAGAGCAGAAAAGACAAGAACUUGAGCGAAAGAGGAAAGAGGAGCGGGAAAGACAAAAGGGGCUCGAGCUCAAGAGACACAGGGAACAGGAAAAGCAAGAUAAAAGUGAAGAACUACUCGAAAAAGACCCUAAAUGGGCGAAAGAGAAAUACUACAAAGAGCAAAGACCACGGGAAGAACAGAAUAACCAGGAAGGGCCGAAUUCGAGGAUAUCACGAAGAGCCGGGUUGAGAAAUUCGAGGAAGAAAGAUAAUGAUCCAACAUGGAAGCCUGGUGAUAGCGACACAGAUGAAGUUGACGAAGUUGAUUAA